AUGCGCUUCAACACUAUCACUUUAUCCAUUCUCCUCGCUCAGAGCACAUGCCUCGCUGCUCCCGUAGACGGCAUUGCCUCGUCCCCAGGCUUCUCUCUCGCUCCGAGAAGCAAGCUCGAAACUCGUGAUUCCUACGAUUGCAAUGGAAGUGGUCUUUGCGGUACGAUCUCCGUUAAAAACUGCGAUGACGCCGUCAACAACCGGCUGAUUCGUAACAACGACGUCAACUAUGGCGCACCUGGGAGCGGGAGACCGCAGACAGGUACAUGCCAAGGCGCCUGCGGUAUCUUCAUCCAGGGGAGAUCUACCUGUGCUCGCACGGGUAAUCAGAUCUGGUAUGACUACCAGGACAUCAGACGCUCUGGCUGCCGAAUCUGCGGCAGUAAGCAUUGGGGAGACGGAUGCUUGACGACCAUCAACCGUGUCAGUGGCUGCAGUAACUGA